GGAGGUGAAAGUGUGAAUAAGAAAGCAGCUCCUCCUCGAGCUGAACUGCAAGACCGGACAGCAGCAGCAGGAGCAGAGAGGUACCAGUCCGCCGGAGAAACACGUCCUGUUUGGAUCUAACUCCUGCGUCAUGUUCUCCCCGGGGCUCUGCGUGUCUUUGCUGGUCGUGUCCUGCGCUCUGUGCCCGGCUCCGGUCCGGGCGGCGUCCUGUGAGUCGGUCCGGAUCCCGCUGUGCCGGUCCAUGCCGUGGAACAUGACCAAGAUGCCGAACCACCUCCACCACAGCACGCAGGACAACGCGGUGCUGGCCAUCGAGCAGUUUGAAGGGCUGCUGGGUACAGGCUGCAGUCCGGACCUGCUGUUCUUCCUGUGUGCGAUGUACGCUCCAAUCUGCACCAUCGACUUCCAGCACGAGCCCAUCAAACCCUGCAAGGCGGUGUGCGAGCGGGCCAAGUACGGCUGCGAGCCGGUGAUGAAGCGUUAUAACCACAGCUGGCCCGACAGCCUGGCCUGCAGCGAGCUGCCGCUGUACGACCGCGGGGUCUGCAUCUCACCUGAGGCCAUCGUCAAGGCAGAGGGACCAGAUCCAUACUACCAGGAUCCAGCCAGGUGUAACCCAGAAUCCAGUCCAGACUUUCCAAUGGACUCCAACAACCUCCACUGCAGAGGACCAAAUGGAGAUCGCUGCAGAUGUAAGACCGUCAAAAUGGGUUUGAAAACCUACCUGAAGAACAACUACAACUAUGUGAUCAGAGCGAGGGUGAGGGAGGUGAGGAACCGCGGUCUGGAGCCCACAGCAGUGGUGGAGGUGAAGGAGGUGCUUAAAUCCUCUCUGGUCAACAUUCCCAAAGAGACACAGACACUGUACUACUCGUCCUCCUGUCUGUGUCCUCCUCUGACUCCUGGGGAGGACUACCUCAUCAUGGGCUACGAGAAUGAAGAGACGUCCAGGUUGCUCCUGAUUGACAGCUCCAUUGCUCAGAGGUGGAAGGAAAAAAUGGGCCGGAAGGUCAAGAGAUGGGAUCAGAUCCUGCAGGGGAAAGGACGAGCAACUCAACGCCGGAAUCGCCACUAAGAUCAGAGUGUGUAUGUGAAUGGGCAUGAUUUGUGUGUGUGCCUGUGUGUGUGUGCGUGUGUGUGCGUAUGCGUGUGUGUCUAGAUAUUGCACUUUUACAGGAUGUUGUAGUUGAAUGUAGUUCAUCUCUUCAUCAGUCAGACUGUUUGGAGUCUGAUUUUUGUCUUUUAUUUUCUUUGCACAAACAUUAUUUAGUGUGCGUUCAGAGAGAGUGUGUGUGUGUUUGAGUACGUGUUUGAGUGUGUAAGAGAGGAUUAGUGUGUGUAAACACCUAAAGCACUCAAAUAUGACCAGAGAGGGGGCGGAGCUUCAAAGCUGUAGUACUAAACAUACGCACAGCCUUUAUAGUAUGUACACGACACUUUUUUAUAUUUCUGGAAACAAAUGUCUUUUCGGCGGCGGCCAUGUUGGCCGUCACAACCUGCAAUAAUCCUGGAUGUUGGCCAUGUUACCAUGGCGAUGUGAUGAAGGACAUAUUGGACUUUGAUGGAUCUGUAGCCAUCACCUUAACUUUGCAGAAGUGUGCGAAACAGAAGAGAGUAAUACUCACGCUUACUUCAGACAGCAACACAAGCAACAAGAGCAAAUAGAGCAACAAUAUCAACUGUAGCCAUGGGCAACGAGAGCAACAACAACAAAUGGAGCAUCAGCAGCUUCUUCAGCGUCCAAGGCUCCAAUGAAGGCGUCACAACAGAAAAAGACAAAUGUGUGUGUAAGAAAAUGAUUUGUGGUUUUUUGCUUUUUGUUUAAACAAAUCUUCUACUUGUAGCUUUCAUCUGUUGUCAUUUGUCAUUUUUUUUGGGCAUGUUUAUGUUUCAUUUGGUGUUUUGUUUUCUUGUCAACUGAGGAGAAGAGCAAGAAUGAAAUGAUAAAACCCAACUUUUAAACACA